GAGGCGCAAGCCCGCAUGGUCAAAGGUCACAUCUUUCAGCCCACUGUUUCUUAUGGAAACCAGUCAGCGUCAGAAGCAACUGGCCAGGAAGACUCUGAAUUCUGAGGUUCUUUUACUGUAAAAUGUCGAACAGCUCCUGGGGCAAGACAUACAAAAUAAUGGCUCUGCCACCAAAUCUCUGACCAUCCCGUCUAGUUUGUGGGCCAAGCAGCAGGGCGGAUCUUCCCAGAGGAGAGCAGAAAGAGUGAGAGAGGAAGACCAGCUACCUGCGUCUUAAAUCCUGCCUGCUUCUCUGUUGCCUUUUGCGUCUUGGGGAUUCAGCUGCCAUGGAAGCUCACGGGAUUUGGCCAGGCUGACUGCCGGCUCCAGAUUCCUUCUGUGCUGUCUCUGCAGAAUCUUCGAUCUGAUAAGAGUAAGCAAAAUACAAGGGAAAACUCUGCAGGGUUCAUUUGUGGUCUCCUCCACCUCUAUCCGUUUUCAGUUGAUUGGUGGACUAUGGUGACAGGAAGAUGUUGGCCAGGAAGAGCAUAAUCCCUGAAGAGUAUGUCCUUGCAAGGAUUGCUGCAGAGAACCUGGGCAAGCCACGCAUCCGGGACCGCCCACGCAAAGCCCGCUUCAUUGCCAAAAAUGGUGCUUGCAACCUGGCUCACAAGAACAUCCGCGAGCAAGGGCGCUUCUUGCAGGACAUCUUCACCACUUUGGUGGACCUGAAGUGGCGCCAUACCCUGGUGAUCUUCACCAUGUCCUUCCUGUGCAGCUGGCUCUUCUUCGCCAUGAUGUGGUGGCUGGUGGCUUUUGCUCACGGAGACAUGGACAAGCCGUGUGCAACAAGCGAGGGCGUCAAUAAGUGGAAGCCAUGCAUCACCUGUGUCAGGUCCUUUACCUCUGCUUUCCUCUUCUCCAUUGAGGUCCAGGUGACCAUUGGCUUUGGAGGGAGGAUGAUGACCGAAGAAUGUCCCAUAGCCAUCACUGUCUUGAUUCUCCAGAACAUUGUAGGCUUGAUUAUCAAUGCUGUCAUGCUUGGUUGCAUCUUCAUGAAAACCGCCCAGGCUCACCGGAGAGCCGAGACUUUGAUCUUCAGCCAGAAUGCAGUCAUUGCCGUACGCAAUGGCAAGCUCUGCUUCAUGUUUCGGGUGGGGGACCUGAGGAAAAGCAUGAUCAUCAGUGCCUCGGUGCGAAUCCAAGUGGUCAAGAAGACCACUACCCCUGAAGGUGAAGUCAUCCCAAUUCACCAGCUAGACAUCCCGGUUGACAAUUCCAUUGAAAGUAAUAAUAUUUUCCUAGUGGCACCUUUGAUUAUUUGCCAUGUCAUCGACAAGCGGAGUCCUCUUUAUGACAUCUCCGCCAGCGACUUGGCCAACCAAGACCUAGAAAUCAUUGUCAUACUUGAAGGUGUGGUGGAAACCACUGGAAUCACCACCCAAGCAAGAUCAUCCUACAUAUCCGAAGAGAUCCUUUGGGGCCACCGUUUUGUGCCCAUCGUGACAGAAGAGGAAGGGGCCUAUGCGGUCGACUACUCCAAGUUUGGCAACACAAGCAAAGUUGCAGCACCACGCUGCAGUGCCAAGGAGCUGGAUGAGAAGCCUUCCAUCCUCAUCCAGACUCUCCAGAAAAGUGAGCUGUCCCACCAGAACUCCUUGAGGAAACGGAACUCCAUGCGGAGGAAUAACUCCAUGCGGAGGAAUAACUCUAUCAGGAGGAACAAUUCUUCAUUUGUUGUGCCCAAGGUCCAGUUCAUGACACCGGAAGGGAUCCAGAACACACUGGAGACAUGACAAGUCUCAAGAGAUCACACGCAUAGCUCUUGCGUUAAAAUGUGUGUUAAAACUUUAGCAUUAACUUGGUGUAAAAAUUUAAUGGAGUUAAGGGCUAUUUAUUACAUGUAAUCACCAGGUCAAGUCAAAUAGAGCAGGGCUAGGGAACAUGUGGCCAGAUGUUGUUGGACUACAUCUCCCAUCAUCCCUGACCUUUGCCCAUGCUAGUUGGAAUGAUGGAAUCUGGAAUCCAACAACUGGUUCCCCAUCCCUGUCAUAGAGAAAGGCACUGUAAUUUGAGUCUAAUAACUUGUCACUGAAGUAGCCUACCAGUUUCUGGACCAUCUACCAGUGUCUGGACCAGCCUUUCCCAACCAGUGUGCCU